UUAUUAACUCCCAUUCUAUUAUUGGAACUAGAAACAACCUAUAUAUAAAGAGAAACCAUUCAGACCAAUGAGAUAUUCUUACAUCAAGAAAGAAGAAGAAAACUUGUAACAUAACUUUUUUUUCUUUUCCUCAUGAAGACUACUCAACGUCAGUUAUCUUCAUCUUUCACCAAACUCUGCGAGAGACUGUCCUCAUUCAGGAAUGGUGAGGACAACAUAAGAGACUUAGAAGCUGUCUUUGCUUACAUGGAUGCAAACAAAGACGGUAGAGUCUCUGCAGAAGAGCUUAAGAAGAGUUUUAACACAUUGGGAGAUCAACUUUCUGAUGAAGAAGCUGAAGCUGCUGUUAAACUAUCUGACAUAGAUGGAGAUGGGAUGUUAGAUUUUGAGGAGUUUGCUCAGUUAAUCAAAGGGAGUGAUGAGGUUACAGAGGAAGAGAAGAAGAGCAAGAUGAUGGAAGCUUUUAGAAUGUAUAUUGAUGAAGGUGAAGAUUGUAUUACUCCUAGAAGCUUGAAGACUAUGCUGAUGAAGCUUGGUGAGUCAAGAACGAGUGAUGAUUGUGUAGUGAUGAUCAAAGCUUUUGAUCUUAAUGAUGAUGGAGUUUUGAGUUUUGAUGAGUUUGCUCAUAUGAUUAUGUGUUAAAGAAUCAGUCCAUUCAUUGUUGUUGUGGCAUGAUGUGUUAAAGAAUCAGUCCAUCCAUUGUUGCUGUGGCAUGAUGUGUUACUGAAUCAGCCCAUCCAUUGUUGUUGUGGCUUUAGUUGUUUUUAAGUCUUUAUCUGCUUUUCUUAUUUGUUUGCUGGCUGUAAUUUUCUGUAAAUAUGA